CAUCCUGUGCUAUCUCAACUUCUCCUGGAAGAGCAUCAACGUGACGGCCUUCCUGUUCGGCACGGGCGUCACGGGGCUCAUCCUCUCAUUCAUCCUCAUGCUCGUGCACGCCGCCAACGUCGCUGGCGUCAAGCUCGACUCGCUCGGCUCGCAGCUCUUCUGCAGCUUCAUGAUGAUGAUGCUGCUGUUCGCCGCCUCGUGCGCGUCCGCGUCCUUCACGUCGCGCAUGUGCGGCUCCUACUCCUCCAACUUCCUCCUCGGAUACAUCUGCAUGUGCGCCUCCUACUCAAUCCACCAACUUCAUCCUCGGAUACAUCCUCACACACAAACGUCCCACCCUGUCCUCACUACUACGGUUUGCACCCCUCUCGCCUCUCCCUUCCCCCACCCCCCUCCCCCCCUCUCACCCACCCCUCUCGUCUCCCCUUCUCCCCCACCUAUCCCUUCACCUCUCCUCUCUCCCUUUCCCUCCCUCCGUUUUCGCCUCUGCCCCCUCUGUUUCGCUAG